AUGGCCGCGAUCAUCACGGCCGAGUUCGGACCUGACUGUGAUCUGUAUAAAGCGCUGGGAGUAGAGCGCUCGGCCUCGGACAAGGCGAUCACGCGGGCAUACCGGAAGCUCGCGCUGAAAUACCAUCCAGACAAGCAGAAAGGCGAUGAAGCUUCACGCGCCAAGGCCACUGCCACAUUCCAGGCUGUGAGUGCGAUCCACUCGAUCCUCAGCAAUAAAGACACGCGUGCAGCCUACGACGAGUCAGGCACGAUCCAAUUUGAUGAUUACGAUGAGACCUCCCCCUCGUUCCAGAUCUGGACGCAGUACUUUGCCCGUGUCUUUCCAAAAGUCUCGGAAGAAGAGAUUCGUCGGUUCGAAGGGGAGUACCGGUACUCAGAUGAGGAGAGACGGGACGUGCUAGCAGCUUAUGUGAAGUACAAGGGAGAGAUGCCGCACAUUCUGGACACGAUCAUGUUGUCCACGGACGACGAUGAAGCGCGUUUUGUGGAAAUGAUUGAAAAAGCUGUUGAAAACAAGGAGGUCGAGACCUUUCCGGUAUGGCGAGAAUAUGUGAAGAAGCAGUCAAUGGAGAAGAAGGAGAAAAAGACGAACAAACCAUCAGCAGCGCAAAAGCGGAAGCAAACGAAGCGCGAGAAAGAAGCACGCGAGGCUGAAGCAUUGUAUCGCAAGAUCCGAGGCAAUGAGCAGAAGCAGGACCCUGACACCAAUUCUAUUGUUUUACCCAGCAAGCGCGGGAUGGACUCGUUGCUUGAAAGUUUGACAGCCAAGUAUGCUAAAAAGGGCAAGGACGCCACGAAAAAGGCGGCAACGAAAGGUCCGGGCGAACCAAGUGAGGACGAGUUUCAUGCUGCCCAGAAGCGGCUGAAAGGUCGCAGGAACGAAUGA